UCAGAAUUACAAUUAUUCCUGAAUCUAUUUAUUUCAGAUGUCUCACCAGGUCAUUUCCAUCACAACAGACAGACAGACAGGACAAGGCAAUGUUUCUUCUUCUGUAGUUUAUUUUCCUGCAGAGACUGUGGUGAGCUAUCAGAGGGAACUUUUUACAGUGUGUGCAGCUGUGGUGACUCACAGCAGUUGUGUGUUUAAAUAUGUGGAGUCAGUGUGCGAUGCCACUGUGCGACCAUGAAGCUGCUGCUGCUGCUCGCUCUGCUCUCAGUUCGAUAAAUCCAACAUCAGCGGACGAUGAACCACAGAGCUGCAGGUUUUAUUUUUAUCUUCAUCACGAACACAGAGACACAGAAGCUUCUCUCAGUUCCUCUGAGGUGCUGAAGGAGCUGUUUGUGUAUCGCUCUGCACAUUUUCCUGCAAAAUGUCCUGAAGCGUCCCAGAGAGCGAGUGGACGUGUGGACGAGGUUUCUAACACGUGACGUGAAACCUGAAGAACACAAACAUCUCAGGAUGAAGAAGAGGAGCCGGACACGUAGAAGAUGAAGACGUCCACUUGGAAACACGAGGAGAUUCCAGAUCCUCUGGUGAUGAGGGCCGACCCCGGUGUGGAUGAGAUGUAAACAACAACACUGAUCUAUCCACAGCAGAAUUUAUACGUCAGGUCCCGCCUCCUGCAGCUCUACAGGCUCCGCCCCUCACCUGGAUGUUCCCCACAUGUUCCUGUUGGCGUGAAGGAGUCGGACCAACAACCUGCUGCUGUUGCUUCACAGACACUGACUACACAACAUGUCCAGAUACUGUUUUACUGAGUUCAUGUCAGAAAGAAACUAAUGAAAACUGCCACAAAGAGUGAAUUGCGUCUAUGUCUGUGUCCCCAGUUGGUGAAGGAGGCAGCGACCAGAGCGUUGCAGGCCGAGCCGGUGCCAACGUCACUCUGCCGUGUCGCUACGACAUGACGGAUCACAAGCAGCUGUCAGUUUGCUGGAAUCGAGGAGACAUACCAUGGAGUAAGUGCAACAAUGAGCUCAUCACCACAGACGAGCUGGGCGUGAGAGAGGACAGCAGAGGGUCCAGCAGGUAUCAGCUGCUGGGACCACUGGACCAGGGGGACGUGUCCCUGACCAUCCUGAACGUCACAGAGUCGGACGCUGGACGAUACGGCUGCAGAGUGGACAUCCCCGGCUGGUUCAAUGAUGAAAAACACCACUUCGACUUGACUGUUGACUCAGUUCCACAGACGACCACAUCAGUGACCUCCGAGACGGCCACACUGCAGACAACCGACACACACACUGCAGGUCACAUGAACGCCACAGAAACUGUCCCGACUUCCUCCUUUAGCAGCGUCAUCAGACAGCAGGAGAGCAGCAGUGUGACCGUGGCUCUGGUGUGUGUCAUGUUCGGGUUGAUAGUGUUGGUCACAGCGGGCGGAGUCGUCUUCCUCGUGACAAAAUGGAUGCGCCUCCACAAAGUCCGUCAGCAGCAGCUCAACACUUCCGUCCAGUUCAGUUCCACGCUGCAGCUCCAAAGUCGGGAUUCUGCAGUGGAGAACGUUUAUCAGAUUGAAGAAGGCGUCGCCAGAGAUGUGUACGAGUACUGCCCAUGAGGCAUGAAGCUCCGCCCACUGACCUGCCUGGGGUCAGGUCCGUCCCUCACAGCAUCAGAGACAGUGUGGACAUGGACAUUCCAGACCUCUGAUGUCACACUGCUGGACAUUUAGUAGAAGAAUAGUAACAACCUACGAGGCUCAUGGGUCAUCAGUUGUUUCCAGUGAGAGACGACAUGUCACAACACGUUUUCAUGUAUUUAUCAGAUUAAUAAUAAAAGUUUUAUCAGAUGUGACUCGGAUGAUUUCUGUUGACCAAUGACAGCAACUGGGACACGAAGACGUUUACUCUCCACACAGAGCUGCUGGUUUGUAGUGAAUACUGGUUAUAUACAGUCACUGAUCCUCUUUAUAAACAGUCUCUCAUAGUCUGUAUAAGCUAAGAAGCCGUUGGCCGUUACCAGUUUCUCCUGUUUUUCUUGAUGAUGAAGAUGAUGACGAUGAUGAUGAUGAUGUAACGCUCCCCUCGUCCUAUCAGAGCAGCAGAGCAGAGUCUGGUGUCUGUGGCUGAGGGUCUUUCAUCCAGACGUGUGUGACUCUUCAUCAACGGACGACAGCAGAAAUGGAUCCUGAUGGUAAGAGAGGUGAGGCUGUUCCACUGUAUGAGGGGAAGUAUAAUGCGUACCCUGAACAGCAGGGACAGUUCGGCCCCUCUGGACAGUUUGGCCCUUCUGGACAGUUCGGCCCCUCUGGACAGUUCGGCCCCUCUGGACAGUUUGGCCCCUCUGGACAGUUCGGCCCUUCUGGACAGUUCGGCCCCUCUGGACAGUUCGGCCCCUCUGGACAGUUCGGCCCCUCUGGACAGUUCGGCCCUUCUGGACAGUUCGGCCCCUCUGGACAGUUCGGCCCCUCUGGACAGUUUGGUCCUUGGGGACAGUUCGGCCCCUCUGGACAGUUUGGCCCUCCUGGACAGGGCGGACAGCCUGGACAGCCUGUUGGACCUGUAGUGGUUGACCAUACCACUGUGGAGAUCACCACUAAGCCCCCCCGGGACCACUUCAUCUGGUCCAUACUCAGUCUUUUCUACGCAAACAUUUGCUGCAUCGGACUGGCAGCUCUCAUCUGCUCGAUCAAGGCCAGAGACCGGAAGAUGGUUGGAGAUAUGGUUGGUGCCCGACACCACAGCUCCACCGCCCGCAGACUCAACAUCAUCCAUUCCUCUCUGGUUAUCGUCUUGAUCAUCAUUUCUAUUAUUCUCUUCUUCUAUGAACCAAUGAUCCAGGGAUUCAUCAUCAUCUUUUGGGGCAGCAAGUUGUAAACGAGCAGAGGCGUCAGCUGUUGCUGCUCGAUUCUCUGAUCUGUCACAUUUUAUACAUUUUAUGCCUUAAACAUGUGAACACAACUGAUUUGUAUUUGUGUCUCCAAACAGUUUCAUUUGACAAUAAAAGAGUUUCCUAACC